ACAAAAUGGCGGAGCUCAGAAAGCGGGGAGCGACCGGUUCCUCUCGCGAAGCAGAUUCCGAGUCAACCCGCGAUUCGUUCUCAGUGACUGCAUACCCAAAGGAGAGAAAUUCAGCAAGCUGGACGUUCUUUUUCAUUCUUAUUUUGUACUUAUUCUCCUUGUACGUUAGCUUCAAAGCCUCCAGAUCUGUUCCCUCGCCCAAAACAACAAUGGGGAGUUCCUCCAGCGAGUUUGUAGAAGAAAAAGCUCGUCAGCAUCUAGAUGCAAUUACAUCCUUUGGACCGCGGCCCGCUGGAAGCUAUGCAAAUGAAAUUCAAGCUGUGAAUUACAUCGUUGGAGCUCUGCAGGCAAUAAAGGACACUGCACGCGAAGAUGUGAUCAUCGAAAUCGACAUUCAGAGACCAUCGGGUAGUUUCAAUUUAGCCUUCUUUGAUGGAUUUUCAAGCGUCUAUCGCAAUGUGACCAACAUCGUGGUCAGAAUAACACCGAAGGAAAGCUAUCCGCCCAAAAACACAGUCCUCGUCAAUGGGCACUUUGACAGUGUGCCAGGGAGUCCUGGCGCUAGUGAUGAUGUAGUUAGCUGUGCUGUAAUGCUGGAAGUGAUUCGAUGUCUUACGCACACGCAUAGCUUCCGUUUUAUUCACGGUGUUGUGUUUAAUUUUAAUGGAGCUGAGGAAAAUGUCUUGCAAGCAAGUCACGGGUUUAUUACACAGCAUAGAUGGGCAGAAACGAUCAAGGCGUUUGUGAAUCUGGAGGCAGCUGGUGCAGGUGGAAGGGAAGUGUUAUUUCAGGCAGGUCCUGAACAUCCUUGGCUGAUCAAGACAUACUCAGAGGUAGCCCCACACCCCUGUGCACAAGCUCUGGCUCAGGAUAUCUUUCAGAGUGGGAUCAUACCUAGUGACACAGACUUCAGGAUAUACAGGGACUUUGGUCAAGUACCAGGAAUGGACCUUGCCUAUACUGCCAAUGGUUAUGUUUACCACACUUAUUAUGAUACACCAGCAGCUGUAACUCCAGGCUCUAUUCAGCGCGCUGGUGAUAACGUACUGGCUUUGGUCAAGAGCAUAGUUAAUUCACCAUUUCUAGCUGACCCUGGAGAAUAUCGUCAUGGUUCCAUGGUGUUUUUUGACUUCCUGGGAAUAUUUGUUGUACAUUACCCAGAAAGAAUUGGCUUGGUGAUAAAUCUCUCAUCAGCUUUUGUAGCAGUUCUCUGUCUCCUCAAAAAAUUCCUUCAAUUUCCAGCAAAGAGAACGAAAUUUGAAGAGGGAAAAGUAUCAAGACCUCCAUCUUCCAUAGCAGAUCUUCUCAUCUCUCUGUUCAUCCUAAUGCUAUCGUGGAUAGUUGGAACAUCAUUUUCUGUGGCUGUAGGUGUUGUUCUGACUCACUCAGGUCAUGCACUUACUUGGUACUGCCGGCCCUACCUACUCCUGGCAUUAUACAUUGCGCCAUCUGUGCUGGGCAUUGGUUUUGUUCAUUUUCUUGUUAAGAAAUAUAUCAUGGCAAAGGAAAAAGCUGUGGUGGCAAAAAAAGAAGAUAUUAGACCUCUCGAGGAAAGGAUAACUGACAAACUUAUGAAGAAAGAAGCACAAACAUUUUAUGCUGCUUUUCUUGUCUGGACAGUAAUCAUCUUGAUAAUGUCGUAUUAUCGUUUGGCUUCAGCAUAUUUUCCACUGCUCUUUAUCAUCUUUCCACUGAUGAUACGAGUUGUUAUUUGGGACAUUGUGUUAGCUGCGAAGACAUGUCAUCAAAAUGUUGGAGCAGUUUUGUUCAUGUAUCUUGUAGCUACAGUGGUACCUGUUCAGUUCUGUAUGUAUGUGACAUUCGUUAUGCUUGACCUCUUUGUACCUAUUAUGGGACGAGGUGGAACACAAACACCUCCAGAUGUCUUUAUAGGUGUCCUGUGUGCCUUUGGUGUUGUAAUGUUGACUUCUUAUGUGGUUAGCACUGUGUAUAUUUUGGGCAACCUUAAAUUUCCAGCUAUAUUUCUCCUGUUUGUUACCACCGUAGGAAUGAUAGUAUCAUUUUCAGGACUGUCAUUUCCUUACUCAGCUGUCAAUCAGUGCCCUAAAAGGGUUUUCUUUCAGCAUACAUCAAGAACAUUUUACAAUAAUGCAGGUGAAGUGGUUCAUCAAGAUGCAGGUGUCUGGAUCACUCCACUCGACUAUCUUGGCAUUCAGCCAUUCAGUGAUGCACCCAUGUUUAAGAAGGCUUUACCUGCACCUCAGGAAGGAGCUUAUGGAGGUUUUCCUUACUACCUGCCCUUGAGGCAUUUCGUACGAAAAUCUUGGUAUCUUCCUGGUCCUCUGCCCCAAGUCAAAACAUCUCCAUUGGAAGUGAAAUUGCUACAUAGGAAAGAAAAGGAUCAAGUCUACUCAUUUAAAUUCUCAAUAUCAGGUCCUGAUCACAUGACUUUAUACAUAUCACCUGCUAGUGGCGUGGAUUUGCUGACCUCUUCCCUGGGUCCCCUCAUACCAAUUCAAGACGGUGGAGACAGAGUGGUGUUCUUUAUUUACUAUUCUCACGGUACCGAUGUGGGGCCCUGGGAACUAUCACUUGAGCUUCUGCCGGAAAGACACCUCCCGAACAAGAGCAAUCUGUUCGACUUUGCUGUGGCAGCUCAUUACAUUCACGGCAAAGAGUCAUCUUCACCUUUCCUCAAAGAAGUCAUUCAAGCUAUUCCAGACUGGAUUUUUGCUAAUGAUUGGGUGGACACAUACAAGAGUUGGUCUUACACCACGGAAUUCCCUGUAUCGCAAGAAUGAAUCAGUCCAAUUCGUUGCAAACGCUACUAUGUAAUACUGCAGAAUUGCACCAGUUUGAAACAGUUCACAGGUAGAAAAUUCCUGUGUAGGUUUUUACAUUUUAGGGUGGAUGAUCUCAAAAAAUAUUUAAAGUGUUUUUAGGAUUAUACGAAAAUUUUAAGGGAAUAAAACAAACGUGAAUUAGCGCAGCGUUACUAAGAAAGAUAAGUGGCUGGUCACACGUGGAUCAAAAACUAUAUUAAAAUUCCCUUAGUUUAUUGAUAA